AUGAGUGUCCGAACCGCAUGCUCUUUACCCAGGGCGGCUCGCCUCCGCACUCCGGGGAGCCUCCGACGCUGGCCGUCAACUACAAGCUCGGUACAGUCGGCCCGAGCUUUCUCAACAACACUGCACCGCGACGCAACAUGGGGUUUUGUCGGCUUGGGGCAAAUGGGCUAUAACAUGGCCAAGAACCUACGCGCCAAGAUCCCCGCCGCUGACACACUGAUUAUCCGUGAUGUCAACGAAGAGACCACUAAGCGCUUUGCCGCGGAAGCUCAUGAGGCCGCACGCAGUGCCGACGAAAACCGAGUCGAGAUUGCCCAGAAUGCGCGUGAAGUUGCAGAGAAGUCGACCGUCAUGAUCACCAGCCUUCCCGAGUCGCAACACGUCAUUGAUGUGUUUCAUUCCAUUCUCAAGGAAGGCGAGCUUCCAGCGCUCGAGGAAGAGCGUCUGUUCAUCGAUACAUCAACCAUUGACCCCGUGACGUCCAAGGACAUCGCGAAUGCAAUUCACACUACGCAAGCCGGCCGAUUCGUGGAUGCCCCAGUCUCGGGUGGUGUGGUCGGUGCUCGAGCGGGCACUUUGUCUUUCAUGUUCGGAGCCUCUUCGCAGACAGGGCAGCUGCUUGAGCGUGUCCGAGGUGUCCUCGCUCACAUGGGUAAGAAGGCAUGGCAUCUCGGCGAGCCAGGCUCGGGAGUCUCUGGCAAGCUCGCCAAUAACUACAUGUUAGCCAUCAACAACAUUGCUACUGCCGAAGCAAUGAAUCUCGGAAUCCGCUGGGGGCUGGAUCCCAAGGCGCUGGCCGAAUUGAUCAACUCGUCGACGGGCCGUUGCUGGCCUUCAGAGGUCAACAACCCUGUUCCCGGUGUAGUCGAAUCUGCACCGGCAUCGCGCGGCUACGAAGGCGGGUUUGGGGUGAGUCUGAUGAACAAGGACCUGCGCUUGGCCCUCUCGGCAGCGGAGAAGUCAGGCACUCCGUUGGCUCUGGGUGACCAGGCGCGACAGGUAUAUAAUGCGGUGGAGGAAGCCCACCGCGGCAAGGACUUCUCUGUUGUCUACCAGUGGCUGCAAAAUAAAUCUGAAUAA